AUGCCUUCAAGAGUUAUUGUUGUCGGCGGUGGUUUGUCCGGCCUCAGCGCUGCGCACACCAUCUACCUUGCCGGAGGCAAUGUUGUUGUUCUUGACAAGCAAGGUAAGGGCGAAUUUCCCAACCUGACGGGCAGCGUAGUCGGCAGUUUGGCACAAUCCAGAGCGGCCCUGUUGCUAACCUCGGUCAAUUCGGUUAUAGGAUUCUUCGGUGGAAACUCAACAAAGGCCACAUCUGGUAUCAACGGUGCCCUCACGAGGACACAGGUUGAGCACGGCAUUCAGGACAGCGUCAAGCAGUUUUACGACGACACACUAAAGUCGGCUCGCGACAAGGCUCGCCCUGACCUGAUCAAGGUCCUUACAUACAAGUCGGCCGCUGCCGUCGAGUGGCUGCAGGAUGUGUUCAACCUGGACCUAACUUUGGUUUCGCGACUUGGUGGUCACUCCCAGCCCCGUACGCACCGUGGUCACGAUGCCAAAUUCCCUGGUAUGGCCAUCACAUACGCCUUGAUGCAAAGGCUCGAGGAGCUCGCCGAGACCGAGCCGCACAGAGUUGAGAUUGUCAAGAAGGCGCGGGUCACCAGCUUGAACAAGGAGGGCAACAAGGUCACAGGUGUUACAUAUGAGCACGAUGGCCAGAAGCACACCAUGGAUGGCCCCGUGGUCCUUGCCACCGGUGGCUACGCCGCUGACUUCUCAGAGACCUCGCUCCUGAAGAAGCACAGGCCAGACACAUAUGGCCUGGCUACCACCAACGGCUCGCACGCCACUGGUGACGGCCAGAAGAUGGUCAUGGCCAUUGGCGGUAACGGUAUCGACAUGGACAAGGUCCAGGUCCACCCCACGGGUUUGGUUGACCCUAAAGACCCCGGCUCCAAGUGGAAGUUCUUGGCUGCCGAGGCUCUGCGUGGUGAGGGCGGUUUGCUCCUCAAUGCUGACGGUGACCGGUUCUGCGACGAGCUUGGCCACCGUGAUUACGUGUCGGGCAUGAUGUGGAAGGAGAAGGACAAGGGCAAGUUCCCUAUCCGUCUGAUCUUGAACUCCAAGGCUUCCAACACCCUGGAUUUCCACACUCGCCACUACUCUGGCCGCGGUCUGAUGAAGAAGAUGACCGGCCAGCAGCUGGCCAAGGAGAUUGGAUGCACGCCUGAGCACCUGCAGAAGACCUUCACCACCUACAACGCCAUUGCAGAGGGCAAGCAGAAGGACCCGUGGGGCAAGAAGUUCUUCCACAACCUGCCCCUUGACAUCAAUGAUGACUUCCACGUCUCGCUGAUGGAGCCCGUCCUGCACUUCACCAUGGGCGGUGUUGAGAUCAACGACAAGUCCGAGGUUCUCGGCCAGGACAAGAAGCCCAUUGAGGGCCUGUACGCCUGCGGUGAGCUGGCUGGAGGUGUCCACGGCGCCAACCGUCUCGGUGGCUCCUCGCUGUUGGGCUGUGUCGUCUACGGUCGCGUUGCCGGUGACACCGCCAGCAACUACCUGUUCCGUCAGGCUCUCAGCGGAGGCGCAGGCGCUGCCCAGCGUCUCGGCCAGAUUUCGCUGCACAUUGACCCGUCGCAGCCCGGCAAGGUCUCGGUCGAGUGGGGCAGCGGAGCUGGAACUGCUUCAGCAUCCACUCAGUCCGGUGCCGGCAACGUCGCUGCCACCCAGGCCGAGUCGGCAAAGCCCAACAACCCCAAGGAGUUCAAGAUCCCUGAGAACGAGUUUACCAUGGAGGAGGUUGCCAAGCAUAACAAGAAGGACGACCUGUGGGUUGUCGUCAAAGGUGUUGUUAUGGACCUGAGCGACUGGCUCGAGGAGCACCCCGGUGGCCCCCAGGCCAUCAUGAACUUUAUGGGCCGCGACGCAACAGAGGAGUUUGAGAUGUUGCACGACGACGAGGUUAUUCCCAAGUAUGCACCAUCGCAGGUUAUUGGAAGGGUCAAGGGUGUCAAGCCGACAUUGGAGAUUUAA